UAAUUAGUACCAAAGAAAGGUCCCAUUAUUCAAAAGAAAAAUGACAAUGAUGAGAGUCCUCCGUGAACUCGAAUAAUGAAGAAAUGAAUAGGUCGUAUUUCUUCGCAUCCCAGCGUGCGAUCAUUCCUUUUCCCAUUAUCGGGCUCUCGCAGCAAGCGAAUGACAUCUGAAAAGACAAGCACAACACUGCAUCUGGUCUGAAAUAUGGAGAAGCACUAUCCACAAUGAAAUGGGAUGUGCGUCGGGCGAAUAAAGCAAUACUAUAGGUAUUUGCAUAGAUUCAUUAUAUCUUUGUUUUACGUUUAGUGAACACACGCCAUUGAAUUUAUCCAACUUUAUUUGUCAAUAAUUGCCGAAAAAUAUGGAACUAUGGCGUAUUGAAAUCAUUUAGUUUCUAUGGAUGCGAUGUUGGGUUGUGAAAAACAAACAGCCUAGAGCAUCAUCCAAUCUGUCUUCACACUCUUUAACAGAAAGAAAAACGAAGAACAAUCAUAAAAGCCUUUCGCUGAUUUCAACUAGUGAUGGAGGCACUUUAGCCUUCCUUCCAUGCUUUCCUUCGGGUUUUGUUCACAAGGCAAGAAAGACACCCAUGUCAUCGCCUUCUAAACAACAUCGUUUAAAAAAAACUUAAUAAGGCAACCAUCCCGGAUUCCUUCCGACCCCUUUUUAAA